CCAGACCCUUUGCUUGGUGGACAAACUUCGUGUAAAGUGUGAGGGUGAGAGGUCCUCCAGAGACAAGACACAGCUGGGAGCAUCCUCUGUCUUCAUCAUCUGUCGCCCGGCACAGUGGAUCUCCUCCACUCUCCCUAUUGGACUUAUCUGAGCAGGACAUCGUCUAUAGGACAGCUCAGGACUAUGCCUCAUACCAGCCUCCGAUCCGAGCUCAUCACAGAAGGAGGACGUACAGGACCCAUCAGCUCACUGCAUAUAGGUCAUGGUGGUCUAAAUCAACUAGGAGGAGCAUUUGUGAAUGGGCGUCCCCUCCCAGAAGUGGUGAGGCAGCGCAUUGUGGACUUGGCGCACCAAGGCGUGCGCCCCUGUGACAUCUCUCGGCAGCUGAGGGUCAGUCAUGGAUGUGUCAGCAAGAUUCUUGGCAGUAGGUACUAUGAAACGGGCAGUAUCCGUCCAGGAGUCAUUGGUGGAUCGAAACCCAAAGUUGCUACCCCAAAAGUGGUGGAGAAGAUUGGCGACUAUAAAAGACAAAACCCCACUAUGUUUGCCUGGGAAAUCAGGGACCGGCUGCUGGCAGAGGGAGUAUGUGACAAUGACACCGUACCCAGCGUCAGCUCCAUCAAUAGAAUAAUACGCACCAAAGUUCAGCAAUUAUUUAACUUACCCAUGGAGACCUGUGUGAAAUCCUUAAGUCCAGGACAAUCUCUGAUCCCCAGUUCAGCUGUGACUCCUCCGCAGUCACCCCAUUCGGACUCUCUUGGUUCUACAUACUCAAUCAGUGGAUUGUUGGGAAUAACACAGCCAAGCUCUGAUGGAAAACACAAAUUGGAUGACAGUGAUCAGGACAGCUGCAGGCUCAGCAUUGACUCUCAGGGUAAUGGUGGACUGAGCCGGAAACAUCUGCGGACAGAAGGCUACAUUCAGCACCCUUUAGAUGGGUUGGAGUGCCCUUUCCAGAGGCAACACUUUCCUGACUCCUACCCCUCAGCUAGUCACAGCAAGGCAGAGCAAGCUCACUAUCCUCUACCCCUACUCAACAAUGCAAUGGAUGAUGGGAAAUCAGCACUGGCCUCUUCUAAUGCCACACUUAGCAGGACCCUGUCCUCGCACCAGGGGUACUCAACUCUCUCAGAGCUGUCAUCAUAUAACAUUAAGCAAGAGCAAUCUGACAGUUCCAGUGCAGGCUCCACCCCUCCAUCAAUAUAUAGUCCUGCCUUUUUGGAUCUGCAGUCAAUUGGUUCAACAGCUGCAGCCACACCCUACAGCGCAUUUUCUCCUGCAGCUUCUGUGUAUGGACAUUUCACCUGUCAGGCAGUUACAGGGCGUGAAGUUGUGGGGCCAACUCUGCCAGGGUAUCCACCACAUAUACCUAGUGGUCAAGGAAACUAUGCUUCAUCUGCCAUUGCUGGAAUGGUUGCAGCAGGAAGCGAUUACACUGGUAAUGCAUAUAGCCACGGGGCUUACGCCGCAUACGGAGACAGCUGGCGGUUCCCUGGUUCCAGCCUGCUAAGUUCUCCCUAUUACUACAGCUCUGCUGCAAGAACUGCACCCACCUCAGCCACUUCUGGAGCAUACGACCUCCUGUAGUUUGAUAAAGAGAUCGCCUACCACCAUAGCCAGGCCCUGGGAAAGUGACCAAAAAAGAUGCCGACACGGAGGCACAGUGACAAUGUUACUAUGGACAAAUCUUUGGUUAUCAUUUAUCCAUUAAUACUUCUCCUGAGCAGAACAAAAAAAAAAAAACACUUUUAAAAAGAUGUCUGUCAAAGUUACACAGAAGGACCAGAGCCGUACUUUCCAUUGUUCAUCAUGUAUGCUUUACCCAAAACCCUACAUCACACUGUGCACAAGGACAAGUACAGGGGAGUCGGUGUCAGCGAAAGCUUUUGGAGCGGCUGUUUGCUCAUAACUGUUACCAAAGGUUGAGUUCCUGUCAAACGGCAAGUCUGCAAAGAAAAAAGUAUACAAUUAUUGACACAGAAUAUGCAUUUACUGGUUGUUGGGUUUUGUCUGGAGUUCCCUCUUAGUUUUUAUUUUUCCAUACUUCCCCGACUCAAAAUUAGAAAAAAAAAUGUGGCCCACUAAAGAAGUCUCUGAUUCACUCAAACUACACCCACAUUUUCAGACAUUGCUUCUAUUUCGGACAAUCCCUGCACCUCUCUGGAUUUGGAAGCACAAUCAGGAUUGACAAUGCAAAGACGUAUGCUGUAUACAGCAUAGGAACCUAUGGAAGGCUCUCUGUAUAUUCAAUCUAUAGAAUAAGGUUUGUAUACGGGAGUAGAAUGCAGGUGCCAUAAAACAUCUCCACCUAGUGUGCAAAGAUCAAAAUUGCAGGGUUGGUGGCCCUGUACAUAGUGUGCGCAUGUGUACACACACUCUUCUGUCACAAUGUUUACCUCAUGCCUGAAGCUGGGCAUUAUGUGUGCUUUAGCUCUCCCUCUGCAAUAAACAUGGGAUCUCAGAGGUCAGUGUCGGUGCACUGCACCCCUAGUUCUCACUUAAUGCCAAUGCAUGGAAUCACCUACAGGACCACAGGGAUACAGACAAGACGGUGCUUCCUCUGCACUACUGUACUUUCUCCACAAUCUGUGUACAUACCUGAGUUACAAAUACUGUGUACAUAAAUUAUUUGUAUAAUAAAAUAUUUUAAAUAAAUAAGCAUGAACUACA